AACCUUAAAGCAGGAAGCAACAUAACAUCCAUGUACCGCAUGGCAACACAUUUGGGUCAUGUGAACAGACAUGACCCAAACGGCCCUCCUUAAAUUAUUUGUGGCAAUAGUGAUGGUCUUCAUUUUAAUUUUGCCAGAGUUUUUCAAGACAUCAGAAGAAAGAGUGUUGGAGCUAUCAUGUCUGGAAGUGUGUUUACAACCUAAUUUCACUUAUACACUCUCGGACCUAAAUUUUUCUUUUGUAACUCUUCUGCAACCAGUUAGGGAAACUCCGAUUAUCAUGGGAAUCUUUCUAAAUCACUCUAAUUGUCAAAACUUCACCAGAAUUUGCCAAGACAUCGCAAGUGGAUUUAAAACGUGCUCUUCGUGUUUGGUUUGUGAGUCCAAAGGAAAUACCGAUUUUAUUUUUCAGGAACAAACAUCAAAAGUUUUUAUCAUGACAGGAUCAGUGGAAGUGAAAACAAAUGGUUUUCAUGCACCUUGUCAACAUUUUAACUUCACUGUGGCCCCUCUAGCUGACCACUUGGAGGAAUAUAAGGCUACCUGUCAUCUAAAGUCCCACACUAGACAAUCAUCAGUCAUGGAAGAAGAGGCAGCCAAGGAAAAAUCUGCAAACCAUACUUGUAGAAUUAUGGAAUACCUGAAUAAUUGUGUACAUGUUUCUUUGCACCUGGAAAUGGAUGUAAAAAAUGUCAUUCCUUCCAUGAAGAUCACUUGGUAUGUUUUAGUUUUCUUAGUUUUAAUAUUUUUGAUCAUCCUCAUUUUCUACAAAAUACUUGAAGGUCACAGGAGAAGGCAGAAGUGUCAGAGUCAUAAAUAUAAAACUACGUCUGUGCUCUUGAGAGGAGGUGAUUCUGAGAAGCUGAGAGCAUUGAAAGUGUGGGUUAUUCCAGCAGAGACCACACAGAGGCUGCCUUUGGCUCAGCUCCAGGAGGUGCUUCCCCCAAUACCAGAACUGUAAGUUACCUUCCAUGGGGCAUCAGCAAGGUCAAUACACAUGCUUAGAAUGGACCCGAGAUUUUAACAUUGAAGAACCAGAAACAGGAUCAAGAAUGAAACUUUCUCUCACUGGGCCACGCUGCAGAUGCUGAUUUGAUGGGUUUCCCGUACAGAUGGAUUGUUUGUAUUUAGCAAAUUACUUCAAAGAGCCUGAGUUGUUUGUUUACACAUUUAUUUGCAUUUAUAAGUCUUGCCAACUUUUGGCAUCAGGAGGUGCCAA